AUGGCCCGGAGGUGCGCUUUCGGCACGGACGUCGACCCGUUUUACGGCGUCGGCCGCUUGGCCGUUCGGCUGACGCGCACGUGCCGAAAGGUGAUCGCCGUGGACAUCGACCCGGCCAAAAUACGGUUGGCCCGCCAGAAGGCCGCGGAGCUCGGAGUCGCCCACCGGAUCGAGUUUCGAGUCGGCGACAGCUUCGCGGCACUAUCCGGAGUGACGGCCGACGCGGUGAUCACUUCGCCACCGUGGACGGCCCCGGCGUGGGAUCGAAACCGGCGGUUCAGUGCCGAGGAUUUGUACAGCCGCCAGAAGGGCGGACUAGCCGGCAUUCUUGAUUUGGCGCGUGAGAUCGCCCCCGUCGUCGUUCUAACACGUGUCCAAAACCAUCCACAUGUCUCAGACUGUGGAUGUGUCGAGAGACCAUGGUUUUGGGCGCGUGGAAAUCGAACACAUCGUUGUUGA